AUGAACGAGCCCACCUUGUAUGUGAAAAAGGAAGGUAAAAAUGAUCUUAUCAUUGUUUGCCUUUAUGUUGAUGAUAUCAUUUACCCUAGUUCCUCUAGUUCUCUUGUGGAUGAGUUUAAGUCUCAAAUGAUGAAUGAGUUUGAGAUGUCGGAUAUGGGUUUAUUGCAUUAUUUCCUUGGCCUUGAAGUCCAUCAAGCAGAAGAUGGAAUUUUUCUUUCACAAAGGAAAUAUGUCAGGGACCUCCUUAGUAAAUUUAGCAUGGUUAAUUGCAAGCCUCCAGCUACACCCAUGAAUAUUAAUGAAAAAUUGCAACACGAAGAUGGAGUAGAAAUGGUAGAUGCUAAGAAGUUCAGAAGCUUGGUUGGAGGCUUGAUUUAUUUAAUGCGACCCGAUCUUGCAUUUCUUGUUGGUGUUAUUUCCAGGUUUAUGCAAUAA